GUGAAAUAUUAGUGUACAGAAGGCUCUGUUUAUGUGUUUUCGUGACAGAUUAGUUAUGAAUUCGAAAUGGAAACCAAUUUUAUCCUUGAUCUACUUGAGAUAUCCAAAAUCAUAUAGUUAUCACGUUCCUCUCCCUAAAUACAAAAAUACCAACUUGGUUACUUGCAAAUCCAUAUUUUAUCAUACACAUUGUUCUCAGAAGAUUGUAACUAACUUGGACAAGAAUAUACCAAAAUGUGAUACGAAUAAAAAGGAACAUUCGUUGAAAUCAUUGAAAUAUUCUUUACUUUGCUUGGGAAUUAGUGUGGUAUCAAUUGGAUCUUACUUAAUCCUGAAAUAUGGACGCCCAAAAGUAGAUGAGAGUGGGAAUAUUCUUGAGGAUGAGUAUACUGGACUUCCAAUUUGGCAACAAUACAUUUAUCGUUGUAUUGAGGCUAUAAAAGCCUUAACCUCAUUUAUUCAACAACCGUCUCGUGAAAAAUUAUUGCCAGAUCCCUUGAAACCUCCUUACCAUCAGCCUUCAUAUACUCUAAUAUUGGAGUUAACCAAUGUUCUCGUACACCCAGACUGGACUUAUAAAACAGGUUGGAGAUUCAAAAAACGCCCCGGAGUUAAUUAUCUUUUAGAAAAUUUGGUCGGAUUAUAUGAAAUAGUAAUCUUUACCGCUGAACAAGGCGUUAUUGUGUUUCCACUUUGUGAAGCCUUAGACCCAAAAAAUUUGAUCUCAUAUAAACUGGUCAGAGAUGCUACUCAUUUUGUAGAUGGUCAUCAUGUGAAGAAUUUAGAUAAACUCAAUAGAGAUCUGAGUAAAGUUAUUGUGAUUGACUGCAAUGAGGAAUCCGUCAAAUUUCAUGAAGACAAUCUGUUGAAUAUUGGAUCAUGGAAUGGCAAUGAUGAUGAAGUAUUGAUUGAUUUAACAUCAUUCCUUGCAACAAUUGCCCAAAAUGAUGUUGAGGAUGUGCGGGAGGUUCUCAAAUAUUACAAGACCUUCAAGGAUCCAUUGGCUACUUUUAGGCAAAAGCAGAAGGAUUUUUUCGCAGAAAAACACGAAAACAUAACGAUCAAUCAACCAAAAAUUAAAAGAAACUACUUUUAUUAGAAUAAUUUAAAGAAAAUAAAAGUAUGAGUCCACA